AUGGAAGAAGCAAACCAGUCUGUGGUGUCUGAAUUUGUUAUUCUUGGGCUUUGUAAUUCAUGGGAGCUCCAGGUCUUCCUCCUUUUGAUAUUUUCUUCACUUUAUUUGGCCACUACUUUAGGCAACAUUUUCAUUGUGGUCAUAAUCAUUACUGAUCUCCAUCUUCACUCCCCUAUGUACUUUUUGUUAGCUAAUCUGUCAUUCAUUGACUUCUGCCUUUCCUCAGUCACUACCCCUAAAAUGAUCACAGACUUUCUCAACAAAAACAAGACCAUCUCCUUUGGAGGAUGCAUGUGUCAAAUUUUCUCUGGACAUUGUUUUGGAGGGCUUGAGAUGGUGCUGCUUGUGUCAAUGGCCUUUGACCUUUAUGUGGUCAUCGGCAAGCCACUCCAGUACUCCAAUAUCAUGAAUAGACAUAUGUGUAUUGGGUUAGUGAUGACAUCAUGGAUCAUUGGCUUUAUGCAUUCAAUAAGCCAACUAGUUAUGAUUGUAAAGCUGCCCUUCUGUGGACCCAAGGAAUUAGAUAGCUUUUUCUGUGAUAUUCCAUUGGUAAUCAAACUGGCCUGCAAGGACACCUAUAUUCUAGAGGUGUUGAUAAAUGCUGAUAGUGGAGUACUGGCAAUCAUCUGCUUUAUUCUGUUGCUGAUCUCUUACUCCCAUAUUCUCUUCACUGUUUGCCUUCACUCUAAGGAUGGAGUAUCCAAGGCCCUCUCUACCUGUGCUGCCCACAUCACAGUGGUAGUGUUAUUCUUUGGGCCCUGUAUCUUCAUCUACUUGUGGCCAGUCAGCAUCACCUCGGUUGACAAGUUUCUUGCUGUAUUUUAUGCAGUCAUUACACCUCUCCUAAAUCCAGUCAUUUAUACCCUAAGAAACAAAGAGAUUAAGAUUGCCACAAAGAGACUACUAGGUUAUUAG